AUGUCGAACUUACACUGGAACAUGCGUGGGAAGCGCACUACGCGCAACUCGCAGAACCGGCGGGACCAACACGAUUCUCAGCCUUCUCAGGCACCCCCUGCUCUGCAGGCUCCGGCUUCACAGGCUCCGGCUUCACAGGCUCCGGCUUCACAGGCUCCUCAAGUCCCUCAACCUCAGCUAGCUCAGCGAAUGCAUCAGGCUAUGCAGGAUCUGCAGGCUUUACUGCAGGCCUCUCAGGCUUUUCAGGCUUUUCAGGCUCCUCAGGCUCCUCAAGCUCCUCAAGUUGCUCAAGUUGCUCAAGUUGCUCAAGACCAGCAGCCCCAAGUGCACCAAGAGCGCGAGCAUUGGGCGCACCUUCAGCAAGUCCCGGAGGAUACAGUGUUGCUUAGGGCAAUCAUGGAUCAAGACACCGCAGCAGAGGACGGGCAGGAUGGGCAGAACGGGCAAGAGGCUGGUGCUCCGCAUGAGCCGGAUGAUCAGAAUGUACCGCCGCCACCACCACCACCACCACCAAAUGAAGGCAUAGCAAGGGAAGCCCGCUCGGUGAUCUGGAUCGACCAAAUCACCAGGGAAGACGGAACGGUCUUCGACGAUCCGCUAGCACCAGCACCCUGGGGGUUCCAGCGGCCCGGGCACCCGGAAUACAUGGUCUACUGGAUGCAUCUCGGACCGGCCACCGUGUGCCCGGUCGUCUACUGGCUGCAGUACCCGUACCCCGACUGGAACGGGGCGCCGGUCGACGCGCUGAACCUGGAGUUUCACCGGGUGCGGGCCCUGUAUCCCCCAAACGUGACCCUCCACGGCGUGAUUUUCCGGGGCCGGUGGGCGCGUCUCUACCGCGAGAUGAGGCCCUGGGCGGUCGGCGUCGACGCGCCGAUCCCGGACACCCGGCUCGUGCAGGAGAGCUUGGACAUCAACAUGAAGGAGGAGGCCGGGCUGCAGCUCUUCGCUGCCUGGAGGUACUCCCUGCCCGAGAACGCCCGCCGCAUACUAAACUUUUGCGAUGCCAAGAGGAUGUAG